AUGGAUGUGAUGUUGGAGAAUUACAACAAUCUAUUGUUUGUUGAAAAUCGUCACAUAUGUGGAAUGUAUGAGAAGGUCUUGGAUCAAGACACAUUGUACGUUGUCCAUGAGCCUGUGAAUAUCCAAGAGAAGUCUUCUAACUGCAGUGAACUCAGCAAUAGGAUUCAUGAAUCUACCCAAAGUACACUUCAUAAAACUAACCACAGAGAUGCAUCUCUUCAAUUCUCAAACCUAAGAAUACCUAAAACUGGGAACACUGAAGAAGUUUGCAAGUAUAAAGAAUGUGCAAAUGGUUUAAAUGUGUGCUCAAUCAUUAGUCUCAAUCAAGGAAUCCACAUAAGAAAGAAAGAACACAAUAGAAAUACAGAAUUUGAUGAGGUUUUUCACUCUAAACGUAAACCAUUGCACAAGAAAAACAAUAGUGGAGUGAAUUCUUACAGAGGUAGUGAACCUGACCAGUGCUUUACCCAGAGACACUGUCUUCAAAGUCAGCAGCGCAUUUAUCCAGGAAAGCAACCUCACAAAUGUAGUGAAUGUGAAAAAUGUUUUAAACAAAAAUUCAAUCUUAGUAUUCAUCAGCGAAUUCAUAGUGGUGAUAAACCUUAUAGGUGUAGUGAAUGUGACAAAGGCUUUACCAUAAAACGCACUCUGAGAAUUCAUCAGAGAAUUCAUACAGGAGAGAAACCUUACAAAUGUAAAGAAUGUGACAAAUGCUUUACUGCGCCAUCAAAUCUUAGUGUUCAUAAGAAAAUUCACUUAAGAGAGAAACCUUACAAAUGUAGUGAAUGUGACAAAUGCUUUAUUGAAAAAGGCAGACUGAGAAUUCAUCAACGAAUUCAUACAGGAGAGAAACCUUACAAAUGUAGUGAAUGUGACAAAUGCUUUACUCAAAAAUCAUGUCUUAGUAUUCAUCAGAGAUUUCAUACAGGAGAGAAACCUUACAGAUGUAGUGAAUGUGACAAAUGCUUUGCCAGUCAAUCCUAUCUUAGAACUCAUCAGAGAAUGCAUACAGGAGAGAAACCUUACAAAUGUAGUGAAUGUGACAAAUUCUUUACUCAAAUAUCACAUCUUAAUACUCAUCAGAGAAUUCAUACAGGUGCAAAACCUUACAAAUGUAGUGAGCGUUACAAAUGCUUUACUGAAAAAGGCAGACUGAGAAUUCAUCAGAGAAUUCAUACAGGAGAGAAACCUUACAGAUGUAGUGAAUGUGACAAAUGCUUUGCCAGUCAAUCCCAUCUUAGAACUCAUCUGAGAAUGCAUACAGGAGAGAAACCUUUCAAAUGUAGUGAAUGUGACAAAUGCUUUACACAAAAAGACAAUCUGAGAAGUCAUCAGAGAAUUCAUACAGGAGAGAAACCUUACAGAUGUAGUGAAUGUGACAAAUGCUUUACCAGGCAAUCUCAUCUUAGUAUUCAUCAGAGAAUUCAUACAGGUGCAAAACCUUACAAAUGUAGUGAGUGUUCCAAAUGCUUUACUGAAAAAAGAAAGCUAAGAAUUCAUCAGAGAAUUCAUACAGGAGAGAAACCUUAA